AUGUGUUCCGAAUGUGGCAAGGCCUUUAGACAAAACUCUGUUCUUAAAAACCACUGGCAACCCUGCCUACCUGUGAAAGCCUGCCAGGGUGGCGAGCGUACAGAAGUCUUUGUGGGGCACACAGACUUUGACAGGCAUCAGGUUCACCACCACAAUGAGGAUCAUGUGUGUAACGAUUGCGGAAAAACCUUCAGCCAGAACUCGAGCCUUCAAAAACACCAAGAGGCUCACACAAUCGAAAAGCAGUAUGAAUGCAGUGAAUGUGGCGAGACUUUUAGGCGGAGCUCAGACCUCCAGCAACCUCAGAUGGUUCACACUGGAGAGAAACCUUACGCGUGUAAAGAGUGUGGCAAGCAUCAAACCUCAUUCAGCCGCAUCUCAAAACUCAUUAAGCAUCACAGGGUUCACACUGGAGAGAAACCUUAUCCGUGCUGUGAGUGUGGGAAAGCCUUUAGCCAGAGUUCUAGCCUUAAGCAGCAUCAGAGAGUUCACACCGGUGAGAAGCCUCACGCAUGCGCCGUGUGUGGGAAAGCCUUUAGUUACAGCUCCGUGCUCUGGAAGCACCAAAUCACUCACCCGGGAGAGAAGCCGUACCGGUGUAGUGUCUGUGGGAAAGCUUUCAGCCACAGCUCCGCCCUCAUCCAACAUCAGGGUGUACACACGGGAGACAAGCCCUAUGAGUGCCAGGAAUGUGGGAAGACCUUCAGUCGUAGCUCUAACCUCAUCCUUCACCAUCGAGUCCACACUGGGGAAAAACCUUAUGAAUGUACCAGAUGUGGGAAGACCUUCAGUCGUAGCUCUAACCUCGUCCUUCACCAUCGAGUCCACACUGGGGAAAAACCUUAUGAAUGUACCAGAUGUGGGAAGACCUUCAGCCAGAGCUCAACCCUCAUUCAGCACCAGCUGAUUCAUAACGGGUUGAAACCUCAUGAAUGUAACCAGUGUGGUAAAACCUUCAACCGAAGUUCAAAUCUCAUUCACCACCAGAAAGUGCACACCAGGGAGAGGCCCUACAUGUGUGUUGAGUGUGGUAAUGGCUUCAGCCAGAGCUCACAUCUCAUUCAACACCAAAUAGUCCACACUGGCGAGAGGCCCUAUCAGUGCAGUGACUGUGGCAGGAUCUUCAGUAGUGUUCUGUCCUUACCCAACACCGAAGCAAUCACAGUGGAGUGA